AGCCGCAGAUGCCCAAUCUGCCACUCAUCGCUUGAACAAUGAGAUCUUAGGGACGGACUUGUUUAAUUUGCUAAAAGAAAAGCUAGGUGCAAAUUUGAAGUCCUUUAUAUCUGAAAAGUUGACUGUGUUUCCUGGGGACAUUUGUUAUGAGGACAUGGGUUUGAAGGAUUCAAUCCUAAAGGAAGAGAUUUGCAACCAAGUUGAUGUUAUUGUUAAUUUGGCUGCAACCACUAACUUUGAUGAAAGGUUUAUAUAACUAUAACGAUCAUAAUUAAUUAAACUAUUAUUCUAUUUGUAUUCUCCUUCAUGGGGGAAUUGAAAUACUAUUUUUUACUUUGUUCCCUUUGAAAAUGCAGAUACGACAUAGCGUUGGAUCUAAAUGUUAUUGGAGUUAAGCAUAUUAUUAACUUUGCAAAACAAUGUAUUAAGCUGAAAGUACUAGUCCACAUAUCAACAGGUUUAAUUCGUAUAUAUCCAUUAAUUAAUGCAUGUGGUUAUUAUUACUAAUAUAACCUUACUAGAACCUUAUUAAUUACUAUAUAAUUUGUGAUUUAUUAUCCAUAUCACGUUUAAUUUAGAGUGGAACGAGAUGGGUAUAAAUCCAUAAGAUGUUCGUGAAUAUGAAUUUAAAAUGAUAAGUAAAAUAUUUGCAGAUAAUGAAUCGGAUAAUACAACUAAUCAAAACGGAUGUGAAUAUUAAAAUAUUCACUAUAUUUUAUUCCAUUAUCAUCCCUAAUCUAUUUCGACAAAUUAGAUUUGUUAUAUAUUAUUGCUAAGCCUUAUAAAUUAUAAUUAUUUCAUAUCUCUAUCAGCUUAUGUGUCGCUUUUUAAUUUCAAUAUUGUCCCGUUGCUGGUGUAUUCAACGGAUAUGGGGGUGGAUGGUGUUAAACCUGCUUGUGGUGUCAGGGGGAUGGGACUCGGACCCUCCGAGUUCAGGCCAGAAAACCCACGGUCCGAGUCCAGUGCAUUGGGAAGAAGAUGGUGAGGGACUCGGACCCUCCGAGACGGCUGCUUCACGGACCAAGCGAGUUUGGUGGGAGUUUUCGCACGGUCCGAGUCCAUUGCUUCUAUGGACACGCGGCGCUUUCCCGUUGAGUCCCUACUCGGUGGGCAACGUUUGAAAGAAGAGGUUCUCCUACCAUCCGAAUCCCCACUUCACUCCCACCAACCUUUCUCCCUCAAAGCCAUCUUCUUCAUUUCUCUGUCUCUGAACUUUGCAUGGUGGUGGAGGAGCAACAUUAAUGGGGAAAAAAUCAAAAAUUAAAGAUGUUGAUCGAUCUGAGCUUCAUAUUAUUCACUAUCUCAGUGAUCCUGAUUAUAAAUCAAGAAUGUUGACAUGUAACCAUCCACUUCCUCCGAAUCGGUACAACGAAAGGGUGGAGGAUCAUCUGCGAAUUACCGGGUUCUAUCAUGCAUCUCAGAUUGGGAUAGUGCAGUGUCAGAAAGCAUUGGUAAAUGCUCUAAUUGAACGUUGGCACCCGGAGACACAUACGUUCCACCUUCCCAUUGGUGAAUGUGCUGUGACACUUGAAGAUGUAGGUAUGAUUCUUGGUCUUCCACAGAUGGUCUUCCGGUCACAGGGAUGACAAUGAGCAGUUAUGAAGCGUUGGAGGCGGAGUGUUUGCUUCAAUUUGGAGUUGCACCGCGUAUGUCUGACUGUAGAUCUAGUUGCAUAAAACUUACCUGGCUGCGUGAUUUAAAAGAAAAUUUACAGUUGAUUGAUGAUAUCAGUAUACAGAGGUAUGUGAGGUGCCAUAUUAUGUUGUUGAUCGGGACGAUCUUGUUUGGGGAUAAGUCUGGGGCAGGGGUGCAUUGGAAAUUUCUACCCUUGCUACGUGAUUUUGGUAGUAUUGGUCAGUAUAGUUGGGGAGCGGCAUGCCUGGCACAUCUCUACAGGGCAUUAUGCCGGGCAUCCCGUUUUAACUGCAAGGAAAUAGAUGGUCCACUAACACUUCUACUCUGUUGGGCUUGGAUCAGGAUGCCGUACCUAUCGCCGCUACCUAGGGAACCUCGAAGUUUUCCACUAGCAAACAGGUGGCGGAACUGGGAGCGUGGUGACCGACGAUUUAGAUACUUGAAGUUAGCUCACUUUAGGAAGUCAUUUGAUGAACUUCAGGAAGGGCAGUUUGUUUGGGUUGCUUAUGCUGUGGAUCGGGUGGAUCCGAACAUCAUUCCUCCUGAAAUCUACAUGCAGUCGGUGGUUUGGAGUGCUACAGUUCCGUUGGUAUCAUUUGAAUGUGUCGAGUGGCAUGCUACCGAUAGAUUUAGGCGACAGUUUGGUUUGGUUCAGGGACUACCAAGUCAGGAGCGGAAUCUAGAGAAGGCGCAUGGAGAAACCCUGAAGGGUCCCAAGAAUCUUAAUUGGGCCACGGAAGCGACUCAUUCAAAAUGGGUGAUGCAUUGGUCAAACAGGUAUAACUACAUUCUAUCUGAGCUUCCGAUGCCUUCACAUGAUCUACUAGAUAGUUACAUGCAUUGGUACCGAUCAAAAUAUGGGGACCACUUGAACUUGUCAAAUCUUGUGGGUCAAGAUAAUGAAGAAGGUGAUCAAGAUAUGGAGGAAUGUGAUCAGGAUUUGGAUGAGGAUAAUCAGGAUACCGAUGAGGGUAGUCAGGAUAUGGAUGCUGACAAUCAAGUAGAAGAGCCACUUUCGCCGCAUAUAUUACCUCCAACACCGAUUCCACAAGAACAACCUCAGUCCUCAAGCCAUUAUGUACCUCAGACACAGUUCCCCCCAUCAGUUCCAAUCAGUCAACAAUAUUGGGGUACCUCACAAUUUGAAACAGGAGAAGGAGGUUCCUUUAGCCAGUUGCUUGGGUUGAUGUCUGCAGAUCCUGGACUACCACAAUAUGGCCAACAGCCUGACCUCAUGGCUGGUAGGUAUUCAUUGGAUGCGAGGUAUCCGGGCCAUACAUCAUCGGUUGCUUCUGGGGGGUUUGUGUCGGUUGACUCUAGUAGGAGUGAUGACGGACGCAGAGCUUUUUUUAGUCAGAAUCCUAACCGUGUAUCCAUGGGACUCAUUGAAGAAGAUGCUAAUGCACUCGAGAGGGAGACAGAUGCGUAUCUAGUAGAUGACCCGGAUGACGAGGAGGAUCAAGAUGACGAUGAAACAGAGGAGUUUGACGAGGAUGAAGAAUCUCGUAAUGAUGGUCAUGCACGCACUCCGGAUGAAACCUCCAAAGGUUACAAUCUGAGGAUUGAUCCACCACGUCGCAGUGCUAGUCGCUACACUCCAUCUGUCUUCAAAAAGGCGGCCAAGAAAUGCAAGAAUUUAGUCAAGGAUGUGAAGUGGGCCAUGAGAAAGUAGUUGUCUUGUAACGUAUUUAUUUAAGUAGUAAUCACGUGGACCAUGUUGUAUUUAUGUAGUAUGUUGAGAGUAUUUAUGUUGUAUGUUCAGAGUAUCUAUGUUGUAUGU